CACAAAUCUUGGCCUAUUCCCAUUUAUAAUUGUCUCGCCCUCCCACCAUCCCCCGAGGUUCACUCUUUAUCAGCCCAAUAUCCAAAACAAAUGCCCAUCAUGACUGAACCUUUAAACCUACCUGAGACUUUUUAUUGCACUCCAAAAAUCGACUUCACCAAGAGGGUCGACACAAGCAAUGUCAAAGGGAAAAGUGUGAUCGUGACUGGAGGUGCUAAUGGCAUAGGAGCGGGCUGUGCCACGGCCCUCGCAGAAGCAGGAGCAUACGUCACGAUCCUCGACAUCAAUGAAGAUCAAGGAAACGCAAUCGCUAAAGACCUGCAAAGUAAAGGACACCAUGUCCAGUUCAUAAAAACGGACAUAACAUCCUUCUCCUCCCAGACCACCGGCUUCAAAUCCGCAAUCUCCUUUUCCCCUAACUCCACUAUUGACAUUGUUCUCGCCGCCGCCGGUCUCACUGGACAUAACAUCCAAUCCUGGCUCGAUGAAGCCACAGCCGCAGAUUCCGCCGACGAUCCUAGUCCGCCAAUGACUGCGACUAUCGAUGUAAACCUCACUGGUUUGUUUUAUAACGCGCAUCUUGCGCUUUACUAUUUUCGCAAAACUUCAACACCAGGGAACAGGGGAACGAAACAGCUAAUCUUGGUAUCCAGCCUCGCAGGUUACGUCACACUAUCCCAAAUCCCAGAUUACCUCGCGUCCAAAUUUGGGGUCCGUGGGAUGUGGAAAUCUCUACGGCAUGCUAUACACAUACUAAGCCCCUCAUCCCAACCUUCAUCCCAAUACCCCCUCUUCCGCACAAACCUCAUAGCCCCCACCUUUAUCCAGACCAACAUGACCGCCGCCAUCGAACCCGUUCUGCAAGCCAUGAACAUCGAGCUCGGAAACAUCGCCGAUGUAGUCGCUGGUGUCAUGCGUGUAGCGUGCGAUGAACAGGUGUUCGGACGCGCGGUUGCAAUUGCCGCGAGUGUGAAGGAGGCAGGGGAUCGGAAUUUCGAUCUUGGAGAUGAUUGGGAGGGGAAGGAUGCAGGGGAAGGGGUUCUGGAGGGGAUCAUAGGAGGGAGGAUUCGCGGGUUGGAGAUUGUGGGGUUGCCGGAGUAUAGGCAUAGGGCAGAGGGAAAGGAAGAGGGAAAGGAAGAGGGAAAGGAAGAGGGAAAGGAAGAGGGAAAGGCGUGGAAUAAGAGGAUAAAUGUUGAAUAAGAGGAUAUAGGAGGGAGGUGGGUAGUGUGGAUAGAGUCUUGGUCUGUGAACAGCUUUAACCCUUUUUGGGAGGCUGCCUGAGAUACUGUUCUGGUUUCAAGCAGGAGCCUUGUAUCCCGAAUUGAGAGCAUGCAGUC